AGUAAUUCUUUUUUUUAUUAUCGUUGAUUUCUUUGUUGAACGCCAGUCGAGUCAACAGGUAGUGGGCUGCGCACUGCCAGGCGGGGGAGAACAGGGAGUGAAGGACAACAAACCCACGCGGAGAGGAGAGCCACCGGGGAGUGUUCUGUGCCAUUGCUUACUGCUACUGUUAUUCGGCGCCCCUACACUAGAAUCCUGCUCUCAGAGGUGCACGAAGUAACAGUCAGUUGGCAUUUGAAAACAAAGGCCGAGUGACUUUGAGGAAAGAGCCAUAACAAUUAAGGCUUGGCACAUCCCAACAGAACUCACCUGGCAGCUUACUCAACAUUGGACAAUUAUCAUCUAAAUGCUCUUGUGAAAUGGUCCACCCACUGUCUUUUACUUACCUUCUCACACAGUUUACAUAUUACACUUGUUAGAGGUCUAUUGUUCAGAGGCUCUUGUUUAUUUCUGUUUUUAUAUAAUGGGACCACAUGUUCUCUCUUCCAUUGCACUGACUUCUUCAGUCUUAUCGAACAACUAAUAAUGUCUUGAAUUGGGUCUAUUAACUGUUCACUGCAUGCUUUCAGUACUUGGUCUGAUGUUUCAACUGGACCCAUUGCCUUCUUACCAUCUAGUCAUUUCAAUUGCCCCAGUAUCUUAUCUUUCUCCACUUAUGUUUUCCAUUCUUUUGACACAUCUCAUCUCUCUCUUCAAAUUCUGUCUCUUGGGUAAAUACAUUCUGAAAGGUUUCAUUUAAUAUCCCACAGAUUUCCUUUGUAUCCUCAUGGACUUGGUCACCCACUUUCAUCAUGUUCUCAGCUUCUUUUUUCCUUAGUUUCUUAUCCCCUUUCCCUUCUGGCUGCCGACUUGAAAGGUGUCUUUGAUAACUCCUUGAACCUCUUUCUUAUCAAUUUCUGCAACAUUCGCAGUCUUUGUUCUAAUUUUCAUUCUGUGGAGCACCGUCUCUCCUUUAAAAAUCACCUUCUCUUCCUCACAUAGUUAGUAGAGUUAGGUGAGAGAUGAACAGCACAUAUGUAUUUAGUAAUAGAAUGACAGGUUUCUGAGGUUACUGACAGCAAUCUCUACUCUGUUUCCUCCUACUAUCUCUAUCCUAAAUUUCAAUCCAAAACUGGAUGUUGCGUCUAUGUAUGCAACGACAUCACUUGCUCUCGUGCCCGCGACCUUGACUCUUCUGAAUUUUCCACCAUCUGUCUAAGACUUCAUUGUCAUUCUAUUACUAAAUACAUCUGUGCUGUUUAACUCUCACCUAACUCUACUAACUAUGUAAAAUUCUUUGACUAAUUGAACUCUAAAGUGGAGCACAUCUUGACCACUCCCCCUUUGCUGAAAUCUGUCCUUGGAGAUUUCAAUGUUCACCACCAGCUUUGACUUUCAUCCUCUUUCACUGAUCAGCCUGGCGAACAAGCCUACAACUUUGCUCUCCUCAACAAUCUAGAGCAGUUGGUUCAGCACCCUGCACGUAUUCCCGACCGUCUUGGAGACAGGCCCAACAUACUAGACCUCUUCCUUACCUCUAACCCUUCUACUUACUCUGUCGAACUGUUCUCUCCAUUGGGCUCCACUGAUCACAACCUUAUUUCUGUUUCCUAUCCUAUCGCUCCUGUACAUCCUCUGGACCCACCAAAAAGGCGAUGCUUCUGACAUUUUACUUCAGCUCGGUGGGACGACCUGUGGAUGUACUUUUCCAUUUCCCGUGGAUUGAUUAUUGCUUCCAGGAGCGAGACCCCUCUACUGGUCUCAUCAUAUAAGGAACUAUGGGGAAGAGAUCUCGCCAUCGCUUUGACAAGAAAAAGAAAGCUGCAGAGGGCUUCCUUGAUGAGGAUGAAAUCAUGGCACUAAACAUCAAUGGUGAAGGGAAGCCAAGGAAUGCCAAGCACACUGCAAAGCUAAAGAAAAGAUUUAGGAAGUUACAGAAACGAGAAAAAGAAAAACUAGAAAGAUCUGGAGGCAAGCAGAAGCAGAAAUCUACAGGAUGGCACAAAAUUGAAGUCAUUGGAAGUGAAGCAAUGGAGAAAAACUUCAUCUACACCAGUAUAGGCAGCUCACUUGAAAUAGAAUUUCAGCCACUUGGAUUUCAUAAAAUAGAUAAGAAGAGCUGUUUUUACUUAGAAAACAAUGAACCAGCAGCUUCAGCUAUGCAUAGUUUAGAUAAAAGAAUACAGGACUCAAAUGGAAACUUACUCAAGAUCAAUUCAAUAAGAGUAAGUAGGCCUGAUCUUGCCCUCAACUCGGACCAACUUCAGGUUUUGCGUGAAGUUAUGUCAAGGCGCUUCAAUGCAGCCACCUGCUUGUUGGAUCUAACUAAUCUACAUCAUGACCCUGCACUGUUAGAAAAAGAUAUUCUUGCCCCUUUGGCUUCUACAUUAGUAAUGAAGCAAGUUAUCAAAGUUAUCAAAGAAAAUAUUCCACACUUAAAGGCUUUGAAUCUUAGUAAAAAUAGCCUUCAUGUAAAUCAUCUAAAUCUGCUGCUUCCUAGUAUGCAUUCAGAAUCCUCUCAGCUCUUUGCUCUAAAUCUGGAGCAUAAUGCAAUUGAUAACCUGCAAAUGCUUAGGUUCAUCAAAAUGUUUCCUAUAACUGAGCUUAGUUUGCAGUUCAAUCCUAUUGUUGAAAUAUACAAAAACAAACCUAUUAGGUACAUAGAGUUGGCAAAGAAAAACCUUCCACAACUAAAGAUUCUUGACACUGUGGAUGUAGAAACGUAUCUUAAAGAAAAAAUAGCAACGGCAAGUUCCCAACAGCCUGCUGCAUCAUCAAGCACGGCUGGAACCAGCUCUAGCAUAGUUUCAGAACCACUAGUUAGAUCCUUUUUAGAGCAAUAUUAUGCCCUCAUAGAUGCUCCAGAUCGCAAUGCUCUGGUGGCAGCUUACACUCCUGAUGCUGUCCUUGAGAUCAAAUCUAGUGUGCAAGCCAUUAUAAGCAGUGUCUUUGUGGGACAAGAUAAAAUAAAGGAGGCCCUUACUACAUUCCCAAGAACCCAACACCAACAUGGUACUUUCUCUUUUAAUAUUCAGUUUCCCAGUCCUAGCAUAGCCCAAGCAGCAGUCAUGGGUCAGUGUCAAAUAGAUGGCUUGGAAACUGUCGUCACCUUUGCCCGGACAAUGAAUAUAGUUCCUUUUAAUGCCGGUCUCUGUUGUUCCCAAGACGUGUUGGAGUUGAGAUGAAAUUUGUACUUCUGACAUGACCAUUGUUCUCAUUAAUUUACAAUAUUAUUAAUAUAAUAAUAACAGGAGGUAUGAUGUGGAAGCACUCUUGGGAUAGCUGAUUGUGUUGUGUAAAUAUCUUUUGAGUUAUCAAGAAGCAUCAGGGCCAUUUUACCUCAGUGAGUAACACUGGGCGAGUGCAGCACUUGGGUCUGAGGCCAAAGUUAUUCUUGUUUGUAAACAUCACUUUGAUGUUUGCUAACAUUAUUCCUGAAGGUUACUUGAGUAAGCUUCCAGUAUUACAUUUAUACAAGGUUUAGUGUCCUAAAUUGAGUGCUUGUAACUGAUAUUUAAUACACACAUCUGUAUCAAUUAUAAUACCUCCAUGGUGAAGUGGUUAUCAUGCCUAGCUAUGAAUCUGCAGGCCUGGCGUUCAAUCCCAGCCUGGGCAGAUGGCAUCCAGCUUACAUAAGAACAUAAGAACGCAGGAGUCUGCAAGAGGCCGGUAGGCCUGUACGAGGCAGCUCCUCCCUCUCAGGCUGGUAAAUAAAUGGGUACCUGGGGAAACCUGGGGAAGGUUCAUUCAUUCAUUUAUGUAGAUCUUAUGUUAACUAUCCUUAGCCAACUAUUACAAAAUGGACACAAUAGUUUCAUUUAUUUCUCGGGCAUAAAAAACAGCUGUCACACACACAACUUUUAAAGUAUAGAAAAAAAAAUUGGUUUCUCUAACUGAAGCACCAAAUAAUCCUAUAAUAUUGACUUUUCUCAACAUUCAUAUUCUUUUUAUACCUUUCAUGCUUACUUGUUAUGUAAGUUGUUUAGUCGUGUCCAUGUAUGAUUAACUUUUUUUAGAUCAUUAUUUAUGUUUUAGAAAAUUUAUCAAUACAGACAUGUUAAUGCUAGAUAUUGUAACAUUUGUUUGCAAAUGUAUCAGGGCUCAACUUCUGUGAAGUUAAUUGACAGCAGCAUCAUUCCAGGCCCUGCCUUAGGGGGAGUGGGACAUGUGUGCUCAGCACUGCUGUAAAUAUUAAAAUUCUGGCAUUGGUAUUGUUGGCAUUAUUGUUGAAGCCACUUUAUUCCUAUGGCUGCAGAAAAUUGGGAACAAUGAUUUCUAGGUUUGAUGCCAUAAUUUAUAUCAAAUUUGUGGAUAGACUGACUCAAUUUGACUAUGAUGUUUUUUUUUUUUUAUGGUUACCUUAAGUUAAUGUGCCUUCAAAGACAUACUUUAAAUGGAUUAUCAUUGUAUUUACAUUUUUCUGGUUUAAGGGGAGAGUUGGCUUUGGUAUAUCAUGAAAAUAGUAAAAAUAAUAUGAAAUUGAGUUAUAUGACCUGGUAAAUCCAUCUGGCCUAAAAAUUAUUAAAUGGCAAAGACUUUUUCAGAA